UAACCAUUCUUUUGCCGCUCUCGUCUUCCUCUUCUUCUCCCACUCUCUUGCCGUUGCCGCCGAUGCUUUCUCCCUCUCUGUAACGCGCCGCCGAUCGAACUCUUUGUUUCUUUCUCAGACAACAAUGGUGAGACGUAAGAGGCAACGCAAGGACAACCAGAAUGAACAGGAUAGGAUCAGUGACUUGAGCGAUUGUCUUCUCCUUCACAUACUCUCUGUUUUGAACACCAAACAGGCCAUUCAAACUUCCAUUUUGUCCAAAAGAUGGAUCAAUGUCUGGAAGAAUCUUCCCUCUCUUACAUUAAGUUGUUUUGACAUUCGGAACAUUGACCUAUUCCAAAAGACUUUAAAAGAUGCUGUUUCACACAAUAUCAAACACUUAAAACUAGUUGUAUCUACUAUUGAAUGCAUCCCGCCUUACUUUUCAUGUCUCAGUUUAACGUCUCUUAAUCUUAAAGCUUUCUACGGUAAAAUGUUUCACUUGGCCCAACCACAAAUAUUUCCAAAUUCUCUGUGUUUGCCAGCAUUAACUACUCUGUCUCUGGAGUACUUUGCCUUUCGUCGCAGUGAUGAUGGUUAUGUCGAGCCCUUUUCCACAUUUAACAUGUUGAAUACUUUGACGGUUCGCAGUUGUGUAGUUUUGGGUGGACAAAGCCUUCGCAUUUCAAGUACCAAUCUUGGCAAUUUAACUAUACAUUUGUAUCGUGGUCAACCUUAUAAGUACUUUCCCGGAUCCACUUUUGGAAUUGAGUUAUAUCAUGCUCCAAGUCUUCAUACCUUUGUUUUUACUGCUGAUGAUUAUAUUCAUAAACUUUAUGGGAGCAAGAGCGUUUUCUCUUCUAUCAAACAUGUAUAUUUUGAUGUAGUGUGUUAUUGCAAUUUGCAGAGGAGAAAUCAAUCAAACAUACUCGACUUGCUGGUUGAGCUUGCUAAUAUCGAAUCGUUGACCAUCACUUCAACUACUCUUAUGGUUCUUUCCAACUUUCCUGAUGUAUUGAAGGUUAAGCUCCCUUCCUUGCUUAACUUAAAGUCACUGAAAGUAAUAACGCAUCCAGUUUCUAGACCUACAACUAUACCUAACGGAAUGGUGCACUUUUUGCUUCAAAAUUCACCCUUGGCAAAGGUUGACUACAUCAAAUAUAAAAAAGGUCUACUAUUUGAUGACUUACUGCAUCGGUAAACACAAGAUGUUGGGUUGCAGAAAAAACAUGAUGGUGAAGUAAAUGUACGUUUUUCCCAACUCUACUAGUUGUAGCUUCUCUCCAACCGUUGGUUUCUACCGUGAUUUUUAACUUUACCAAACAUACAUUAAGAAGAUUGGAAUCAAGAGUUCUCAAACUAUCAAUGCAGCAUAAUAACAAACAUUUUUGCUCAUUUCUACUUGCGAUGUAUUGUGUCGUUUGAUCCAUGUAGCUGACCCCACUUAGUCGAGUACAACCUGGUUGUUGUUGUUUUGCUGUAACUUGCUAGACUUAUUUAUUUUCUUGCAUUUUACUAUAUUAUUAUUGUUCCUAUGUUGUCUCAUGCAUCCUACUUUAAGGGAUUUAUAUAUUUGAGUAUUUA